GAGACACAAGCAUCAUAAAGACUGCAGAAGAAAACGUCCUAAACCCAAAGUAGACCAAGACUGUAGUUUAACACACUAUACAGUGACUUUUGGACCCCAUCCUGGUACACAUCGUCCUGAUGCAAUCAGACCACCACCCACAGCCAGAGAUCCAGCUCCACCAAAAAUGGAUUUUACUACAAGCAAUAGAACAGAUUAUAUACCAAGAAGUAUGAGUGGUAGAGGAAUACUUAUCAAACAAGAGAAUGGAUAUGAGCCAAGUGUUAUGCCAUUUGAUCCAUCCACUGUGUAUAAAGAGACAUAUCCUGGUCACAUGUCAUUCCCUGAAGUCAAAUACACAAGACCACAAACACAGAGUAGAAGACAGACAUCAGCCAAGUUUGACCCAAGAACUGCACAUAAAGAACACUACAAAGCAUGGGUACCACAACCUCCAAUCACAUUUGGUGAAUUACCAACAUUUACAGGUUCUAUUUUAUAUCCUGGAGCUAAACUUGGUGAACUUAGAUCAGUUACACAGAAAGAUUAUCCUGGAUAUAAAGGAGAGAAAAGAGAACCAAUAAUUCAAAUAGACGGGAAUAUUAAAAUAGAAGGAUCUUUUGACCAUGCGACAACACACAACAACACAUACAAGGAUAUGGGACCCGGACACAAAGCCGAGAAAAUCAAACACAUUGAACAAAUGAAACAACCAGAUAGACGAGACAAACUGGAUGCAAUAACCAAAUAUAUGAGAGAUUUCCCUGGUUAUAAAAGUCAACCAUUACCACCAAGAGCUGCUGUACCAGCGCCAGCUACCAUCUCACUCAGUAUGGAUACAAAAACUGAUUUUUCAACCGAACAACGUCAUGAAUUUCAAGGUAUUGAUACGCGUAAACAUCCAAGAGUCGAAUCUAUGAAGAAAGAAGUUGACACGUAUGAACCACCUACUGUUAAAUUUGAAACUAUGACAUCAAAUAAGGUUGAUUACAAGCCCAUUGAUGUGAGUGCAAAUUACCAUCCUCCGAAAAUGAACCCAGAACACACAGCAACCAGAGAACAAGGUAAAUUUGAUGGCCGCACAAUGAAUAUGAAACACUUUCAAGACUGGGGCGUACAACCACGAAUACGCUACGGGGACUUUAACGAGGCUAAUAUCUAUAUACCACCUAAAGGAGAAAUGAGAAAAACAACAACAACUAAAGAAACAUUCACACCCAAGAAAGGAGAAGCCGUUAAAAGUUUCAAACCAGAAGAUAAAGCAAUUGCAAGAGAUGGAAAACAGGACUUUACUACUGUACAUAACGAGACGUAUAAAAGUCUGAAACUCCCAAUGUGUCCAUCACAAACAUUCUUACUACAGCAGGAGAUUAGAAGACGACGAGAAGAGAAAAGGAACAGACAUCGACUUGAAAAACCCAUUGGAGCUCAUUAG